AUGUCAAAACCAGACACUGCCAAAAAAGUCCCGCCGCACGCUCUGUGUGCAGCAGACAUGAAGGAACAAAUCGACACGAACGCGCUCACCAUGCGCCUGCUGGCCUUCUCCAGCUAUUGUGAAGGACCCAAGGCUUCCGAGAUCCAGACGAUAAUCGCGCAACUUCCCGCCGCCGCAUAUCACGAGCGUAGUGCGGCUGAGGGCGAGAUUCAGCGUCUGAAGCAGGAGAACGAGGGCCUCAAACAGCGCCUCGCCCAGGAAGUCCUCGUCAACCGCCAGAGGAGCGUAUCGUCCGCGCUAGCACACUCGGCGCCACAAGGGAGAACGAACGGCGCACUCGACCAUCCGCGCAGUAUGUCUUAGCGGUCUCGUCGCGUCUGUCCAGUAUGCUGAUAGCUAUCGAACCCAGCCUCCCGUUUCGAUAUGCCUCCUUCGUCCGUCAAGCAGGAACAAGAACAGAUCAAGCAGGAACAGUUCAAGCACGGACAGACCAGUAGCGCCGCUAGUUCUCUCUCCAACCGCGACUUUCGUCUCACGCCUCCCCAUCCACGCGAAUUAUUCCCAGAGGGCUCUGCUCAACGCCCAGCCAAGCGACUCCGUAGCGAGUUGUCUCCACCUCCACCGCCACCGUCCACUAGAGGCAGGCGUCCGGAGUGUGUUGGCUGCUACAUGUCAGUGUCAAGUACAUCCUCACAAACCGGUUACAACCAUGCUAAACUCCACCGCAGGAUCAAGGGAGUCUGUGACGGCCGCUCCGUCUGCAGCAUUUGUAAGGCUAGGAAAUAUGGCUGCGAGUGAGUCUUGCAAUGACACACAUGUUGGACUGCCGAACUAAUGCAAGGCUCACAGGUACAGAGAGUGCUGGGAUGGUCUUCGCUGCAACGGUGAGCGGUCAAUCAGAAAUUUGGCUCGGCACUGGUUGGCCGAACUGACCGCGCACAGAUAAAGCUUGCACCCGCCUACACCCAGACCAGUGGGAUAGAAACUUCGAAGAGCCGCCUCGUAAAGUAAAGGCUUGGGCAGAGCACCCGGGAGCCAUAUCUCGAUGGGAGUAG